UUAUCCCUGCUUCCUGUGCUGUGUUUGGCUGUGUGUGGAAAGAUGUAAAGAUGGCGGAGCUACAGAUGCUGUUGGAAGAGGAGAUCCCGGCUGGACGGAGAGCCUUGCUCGACAGUUACACCAAUCUCGAAAGAGUCGCAGAUUAUUGUGAGAACAACUACAUACAGUCUGUAGAUAAACACAGAGCCCUAGAAGAAACCAAAAAUUACACAACCCAGUCUUUGGCGAGCGUUGCCUACCUGAUAAACACCUUAGCCAACAAUGUCCUUCAGAUGCUGGAUAUCCAGGCGUCCCAGCUGCGCCGCAUGGAGUCCUCCAUCAACCACAUCUCUCAGACGGUGGACAUUCACAAAGAGAAAGUGGCCAGGAGGGAGAUUGGCAUCCUGACGACCAACAAGAACACCUCGAGAACUCACAAAAUCAUUGCACCCGCCAACCCGGAGAGACCUGUGCGCUACAUCCGGAAGCCCAUCGAUUACACGAUGCUCGAUGACAUUGGCCAUGGAGUGAAGGUCAGCACACAGAACAUGAAGAUGGGUGGUCUCCCGAGAACCACCCCACCCACCCAAAAACCUCCAAGCCCACCAGUGUCGGGGAAAGGAACGAUUGGGCGGCACUCUCCUUAUCGAACCCUAGAACCUGUUCGCCCUCCUGUGGUUCCCAACGACUACGUGCCGAGUCCGACACGCAACAUGGUGCCCACUCAGCAACAGAGCCCGGUUCGAACUGCUUCUGUAAACCAGAGGAACCGCACAUACAGCAGCAGUGGGAGCAGUGGAGGCAGCCACCCGAGCAGCCGGAGCAGCAGUCGAGAGAACAGUGGGAGCGGAAGUGUAGGCAUCCCCAUCCCCAUCGCUGUGCCCACCCCAUCUCCACCCAGCGUCUAUCCAGCCUCUGCUGGCUCAGCUGGUACACCACCUGCCCCUGCUCCCCCGUCUGCGCCCCCCAACCGUCCCCCUCCUGCCUCUGGCAUUUAG